AUGUCUGUCAACGAGACUUACGACUAUAUCAUCAUCGGAGGCGGCCUCGGUGGCUCAGCUCUAGCCGGUCGCCUUGCUGAAUAUCACCCAUCCAGAUCAAUUUUAGUCCUGGAAGCCGGCUCCAGCGUUGUCGGACACCCGUUAACUAGUACCCCACUCGCCUGUUUUGGGGCACAUCUAUCCCCGCUUGACUGGGCAUAUACCACCGUACCGCAGGCCCAUCUCAAUGGUCGUGAAUGCUAUGUAGCCGCCGGUAAGGCACUGGGUGGUGGCACAGCCACUAACUACGGCACAUGGACUCGAGGAAAUGCGACCGAUUAUGAUCUCUGGGCUAAACUAGUGAACGAUGAUGCCUGGAGCUACAAAUCUCUUCUGCCGUAUUUCCUACGGACCGAGACACAUUGGGAUCCUAAUGCUGAUGCGUCCAUUCAUGGCCGAUCUGGUCCCAUUCAUAAUGCGACUGUUACUUCUAGCAGUGCCGACCGGAAGUAUCCACUGCGCGACACCUUGCGGGAAGCGUGGGGUAGACUGGGGGUCCCGACCAUAUCGGAUGGGAAUAACGGAUCUCCAUUGGGACUGGCAGAACUCACCGAGAACUGGCGCGACGGUCAACGCCAACUCGCGAGUGAAGCUUAUGGAAUAACCAACAAGUCUAACAUCACAAUCAAGACCGAGACACAUGUCAAGCGCGUGCUGCUCUCAGAGGGUAAAGCCACGGUCGCAACUGGGGUAGAGCUCCUGGACGGAACGAUAUUCCACGCAUCCCGUGAAGUCGUGGUCUCAGCAGGAGCCUACCGUACGCCACAAGUUCUCAUGCUCUCAGGUAUAGGUCCUCGUGACGAGCUUGCCAAACAUAAUAUUUCCGUCCAAGUAGACGCACCAGAAGUAGGCCGCAACUUCCACGACCACUUCUCAUUCAACCAGUGGUGGAAGCUUCGCAACCCCGAAAGAGGGUUGACGCUCGGAACACCUCUCUGGGACAGCCCGGCAUACGGCCUUGGACUUCCCUGUAACUGGGUUGCCACUUUGCAGACACCACGCGAGGAAAUGGAGCGUGCGUUGCAAGCAGACGGCGUGAAAGAGACAUCCAUUCACCCGUAUUUAGCUCCAAACUUCGCCCACGUCGAGACUCUGGUUGUGUAUGCUCCUGCCGGUGCAGCCGUAGCCGGAUUGGAGGUUCCCAUGGACGGAACUCAUAUCGCUUCUGCGGUGCUGGAUUUCGUCCCUACUUCCCGAGGAAGUAUCACGCUUGCGUCAGCUGACCCCAGUGUGGCACCGUUGAUUGACCCGAAUUAUUAUGCCACCGAGGUUGAUCGAGCGGCACUGCGGGCGGGUGUGAGGCAGGUCACGAAGCUACUCACAGAUACACCCGAAGGCCAGGAGACGGUGCUGGAGGAGGUUCCUCGUCCGGGUCUUGGACCUUUAAGUGCUUCGUCGACAGAUGCAGAGGUUGAUGAGGCGAUAAAGCUUGGUGGUGUGGCGUUCUAUCAUCCAGGUGGAUCAGCGGCUAUGGGCAAGGUAGUUGAUACGCAGUUGCGGGUAUAUGGAGUGGAGGGUCUGCGUGUUGUUGACGCGAGUGUAUUUCCGUUGCCUUUGGCAGCUCAUUAUCAGGCUGCUGUUUAUGCCAUUGCUGAAAAGGCUGCUGAGCUCAUGUCUGCGUAG